AUGAUGAAAUUAGCUAAAGUUGAAUAUUGUAAUUUAUGUUUUUUUUCAAAAAAUGGCCUUUUCUUAUUAUAUGUUGUUGAUAAUAAAAUAUUUUUAAUGGAAAUUGAAAAUUUGAACAUAAACAAGAUUUAUGUAACUAGUUACAAAAUUGAUUAUAUAGAGUUCUCAAAUGACAAUGUUCAUUUUUUAGUUUUAAUGAAAGAUAAAGGAUGUAUUGUUGUCUACUCAUUUUAUGAUGAUGAUGUUAUUUAUAAAAUUGAAGAUUAUUUCCAAAAGUAUACACACUCUUUUUUUAUUAACAAAUAUAACUAUAUAUGUGUUUUAAAAUAUGAACAAAAAUAUAUAAGCAUAUAUGACGGAAAUAAGGAAGAAAUGUGCUUACUAAAUAUUAAAGAUGCAAAAUUGAAAAAAAAAAACUAUUGUUUAAAUGAUGAUGAAACUAUAUUUGCAUGCAUAACUGAAAAUAAUAAGAAAAAUAAAAUUUGUUUGAUAUCAUUUCCCAAUUGUAUAUUUAUAAACACUAUACAAUGUAUUAAUUACGAGCCUAAUUGUAUUUUUUUUUCCAAAACGGAUAAUAUUAUAAUUCAUAGUGAAAAAGCUAAAUUACUGCACAUGUAUAAAAUAGAUGGGGAAUUAUUAUAUGUCUAUAGUUAUUUAUCGCAAUUACCAUGCAUAAACGUAUUGUCGAAAAGUAGCCAUAAGAAUUUUUUGUUUCUUGGAAUGGAAAAUGAACAAGUCAAAGUUUUAAGUUCCGAAAAUUUAAAAGAAGUAAAAAAUUUAUUAUUAGAGGAUACAGUUACCAUGGAUGAAAAGCUAAAAAUAUAUAAAGAAAAUAUCUCUAAAAAAAAUAUACCCAAUUUUGUAUUAUCAAACACAAAUUAUGAUAAAGAAGGGGAUGACAAUUUUUCUUUUUACACUAACAUAUCAGAAGGAAUACAUGGAGAGUAUAAAUUAAAAAGUGAAACAACAAAAAUAAAUGAUACUACAAAAAAUAUAAAGACUGAUAUGACAACAAAAAUCGGGAUAUCAUUUUUAUGUGUCAGCAUAUGCGGAUGCUAUCUAGCCAUUGUAAGCGAAAACUACAAUAAUGUUGUAAGGAUUUAUUAUUCUGAAAACUUUUCUUGCAUAGUUAUAUUACAACACCAAAAAAAAAUAAUGAACAUACGUUGGGACAGUAUAUUAUACAAACCAAGGCUUUUAAUCACAACAAAUACACCUUACUUAUUUGUGUGGAUGCCUAAUGAUAGUACAGUUAUUCAAAUGCCAAAUGGGUUUAUAUGUAAAGAAGCUCAAAUGAAUUUUGAUGGUACUGCCCUUUUAGCAAAAAGCCAAACCCAAUUGGCUUUAUUUCAUAACAAAAGAAAGUCAUAA